GGCUUUCUUCCAAAUUGCGAAGGCAGAUCAAAAUAUACCUCCCAAAGAAAAGCUUUAGCUUUGGAGAAAGAAGAGGAAGAAGAAAUGGAAGGCUUAAUUCCCUAUCUUCUCCACGCCAUCAAGAAGCAGAAGCCUGGAAACAACUACAGGAGCCUCUCCGAGGGCUCAACCCGGAGCUACCAUUUGUUGAAUACUGCAGCCGAAUCGCUCGGUGGCUCGUCCCACCGGCGAACACGGUCUGAGUUCCUGCCGCCGAACAUGGAGUUCGUAGAGCAACGAUCUGGUGUUGAAUAUCUCCGAUCCUACAGCUCUAGCAAAAGUUCUGCUACUGCUACGCCAACUUCUUCAAGGGGUAGUGCCCCAAAGAUCGGUUCCUAUUCCGCCCACGUCCCCAGGAAGGCUAAUAAUCUCACUAAAACUCAUCAAUGGUGAAAACCCUUUGCAUUUUUUCUUAAUUUCUUUGAAAUUGUUAAUUAGUUUUGUCGAUCAAAUUUAUAUUUAUUGUGUAAUAUUUGGGUGAAAAUGGGUUGAGCUUCAUCAAAAUGAUGCCUCUCCGUUCAUUGUAAUGCUGUGUACGUUGAAGUUUUGUAAUGGAAAUUGUAUAUUUGAUUGAUAAACAACAUUAUUGGGAAUUGAUUGAUGAAGAA